AGUAAGUAAUUAGGUACGUUAGUUAGUUAGGUGGUUACUAUAACUAACUAUCACAAAAGACUUUACUUCAACAAUGACAGUACUGUAUUUUGAGUCUAUUCUUCACGUGUUUGUUGAGAUGAACUCCUGUAGUGUGGUUAGACAGUUAAGUGAGCGACACCACGACGAUAACUGGGAGGUGACUAAGUUCUGAAAUUUUAAAUGGGAAAUGAGUAAGUGUUGAGGUUAAAAUUGUUAUGAAAGCUUGAGAGUUCUGCUUAUCAUUUCACAGUCUACUAUCCAGACAUACCACACAGGACCAGCAGGUACUGUUUCAUCAAUGAUGAAAACAACUUGCCCUCAAUUGAAACAAGCCCUGUAUCACUCCUGGUCCGCUGCUGCAGACCUGUAUACAACAAACACCACGCAGGGCUGGAGAAACCGAUCAGUCCUCUUGAUCAUCUGUCUCACCUUCAGUCUCAUCCUGAGCUCCUUCCUCCUCCUCUACCUGCUCUAUGUCCUGCAGUAUGGCCUGAUGGUGGCUGCUGGGAUAGCAGGCUCCUGUUGGGUGGCAGUGGGGGCCUCUCUGUUCCUCUCUAAGAGGGUGCGGUGCUUUGGGGUUCUGUUUGUGCUGUCUUGUGGGAUGAGGCAGGGCCGGAACGUUCUCAUCACCGCCGGGACAAGUUUGGUGGUUCUCAAGAACGUUCAGAACACGCUGGAGAACAUCACAGGGCUCAGUAGGAGUAUGGUGUGCAACCUGCAGGCCAAGAGGAUGUCCAUCGACACCAUGCCGCUCUGUAACUACGUCAGGAUGUUGAGAUGGGUUGGCGACGUACUCCGAGCGUUCACAGACUUCGGGGUGGCGGAGUUGGUUUCUGAUCUGGAGGUCACGUCCAGAGGAGACUCUGAGAAGUUGAGGGAGAGGCUGGUUGAAGUUGAGAGGACUCUAAAUGGAACUGCAAAGAGAGUCUGGGACGCGGUGGACACGCUGUCCUCUGUAAGUCAGAGACUUUUCCCUGCCUUCAGUUUCCUCCUGCUGAUGGGCUUCACAGUGCUGCACUUGAGGAGAUAUUGCCACAACAAGAAAUAUGAAAACGUGUACAUAACCAGGACAUUCAUACAUUUUGAUGAGAAGCAGAAGGCAGAAGGAAGGCCUCCAGUGCUCCCCCUCACACCGAAGGAGGCUAGACGCUACAUCACAAUCCCUUCCCCUCGACUCAGGGCCACGGAAGGGAAAGCCAUACUGAAAUUCAGUUUCCCAGUGUUCACCCAUUGUCUAGCCUGGGUCUUGUUCAUAGGUGUUGAUGUACUCAUGUUCUGGUUUGUUGAGGUCAUCAGAACGCGACUUCAUGAGCUAGAGCCAUUUCAUGUUCCUUUGAUUAUGAACAUAAACGAAGACAUGACCAUUAUUGGUGUCCCCAUUUCAGAGGAGAUCAACAGGAGGGAUUUCUCCUACCAGGUGUCCAUCUUUGAGAAGAGUUGCCUUCCUAAACCUAGAUUAGUACUCUAUGACUCCAUCCUGCCUCUGGUUGUGUUACUAGCUGCCCUUCUCAGCAUGUCUCUGAUGUCUGCCAAGCUCACACAGAUCAGGCUUGUGGUGUGUGAGCAGUUCUUCUCCACCAAAGCUGAGGAGAGGGUGGAGUUUCUGCAUGCUAAGAUCCUGAAGAAGAGAUCAAGAAAGGAAGGGAACAGGAAAGCUGAGGAAAGCAGUCUGAGAUCCAUCAUCAAGAAGAUUUCUGGUGUCCAAUACUCUACAGACCAUAGGAGUAUGACAACGUUCAGCAAGCAAGCUAGACUUUCUGCUGCCACAGGAAGAAGUGAGAGACACACUUUUUUUGUUGAAAAUGUGAAAUGUGAGUUAUUAAACACAUUACAUUAUAUAACAACUCAAAUCUAGACUAAUGACAUGUUGUCAUUGUAAAUACAUACAGUAUUUCAGUUUGUUAAUUCAUGUACCUGUAUAAAUAAAGGUUUAAAAAAACAUGUUUUUAUAAUAAUAAAAAUAAAGUUUAAAUGA